AUGGGCCGAAGCACUCCUGCGCGGGCACGGGUGGUCACACCAAGUGACGGGGCAGCAGGGCCGGCGGGUGCCGCGGCGACGGGGGCCGCGGCCGCGGGGGCACCCGGUGCGGCGAUGGGGGCGGCGAAGGCCGCGGCGGCGGGGGCCGCGGCGGCAGCAGCGCCGGCCGAUCCGGCGGCGGAAGAGGCGACGGGCGAGGUUGACGUCGAGCCCGUCGCAGGGGUGUCGGGUGGGGUGCCGGGCUCAACCUCGUAUGAGGGAGACGGGGACCCGAGGGCCCGCACGGACUCGACCUCGGGGGAGGGAGUCACGAAGCCGGGUGGUGGCGGCAGAUGGCGUCGGGCCGGGGAGUCCGCCGGGGUGUGCUGCCGCGCAUCGCUCCACGAAGGGGGCGCGGGGGCCGGCGCCGAAGGGGCCGAAGCCGGAGGAACCUGGAAAAAAGGGAACACCGUCUCGACAAAGUACACGUGCCUCGAGGUGUACACACGGUGA